UAGGAAAUGUGCACUGUGGAAGAGCCUAAUGAAGAAUUCACCUCAAGGCACAGCUUGGAGUGGAAGUUUCUCUUCUUGGAUCACAGGGCUCCUCCAAUAAUCGGCUACUUGCCGUUUGAGGUUCUUGGCACAUCUGGCUAUGAUUACUACCAUGUGGACGACCUGGAAACUCUGGCAAAAUGCCACGAGCACUUGAUGCAGUAUGGGAAGGGAAAAUCCUGCUACUACAGGUUCCUCACCAAAGGGCAGCAGUGGAUUUGGCUCCAGACGCACUACUACAUUACCUACCACCAGUGGAACUCCAGGCCCGAGUUCAUUGUCUGUACACACACUGUCGUGAGCUACGCCGAGGUGAGGGCCGAGCAGCGGAGGGAGCUGGGAAUCGAAGAGUGCGCUCCGGAGAUCGCUGCCGAUAAGAGCCAGGACUCUGGGUCCGACUCCCAGCUGAACACGGUCAGUCUGAAAGAGGCCCUGGAGAGGUUUGACCGCAGCAGGACUCCCUCGGCCUCGUCGCGGAGCUCCAGGAAGUCCUCUUCCCACACCGCUGUGUCCGACCCCACCUCAACUCCCACCAAGUUACAGACGGAGACCAGCCCCCCCCCGCGGCAGCCCCUGCCCUCGGCUGUGGAGAUGACCUCGCAGAGACGGUCGUCCGUAAGCAGUCAGCAGUCGAUGAGUUCCCAGAACACUGGCCAGACUCUGGGCCCGUCCGUGAUCGCUCCACAGCCCGCGGGCCUGCAGAUCCAGCCCAGCAUGUCGCAGUCCAUGUUGCAGUUCUCGGCCCAGCUGGGCGCCAUGCAGCAUCUGAAGGACCAGCUGGAGCAGAGGACGAGGAUGAUCGAGGCCAACAUCCAGCGGCAGCAGGAGGAGCUGCGCAAGAUUCAGGAGCAGCUGCAGAUGGUGCAGGGCCAGGGGCUGCAGAUGUUCCUGCAGCAGCCUGCCGGCGGUCUGAACUUCGGCUCCGUGCAGCUGGCCGCUGGGGGCUCUCCCGCCGUGCCGCAGGGCCCCGCCGGCCUGGCCCAGGGCGCGCUGGGCGCCGGCCACAUGGGCACGCAGCACGCCCUGCAACCGCCGCCGCUCCGGGAGCAGAACCCCGCGCUCGCGCCGCAGCCCCAGCAGCCGCUGCGGACGGCGCACAGCCAGCAGCCCUCCCUGCCCAGCCACGCGCAGAGCGCGCUCGCCCCCUCGCUCUACAACACUAUGAUGAUCUCCCAGCCCGGCCCCCCGAACGUGCUCCAGAUCGCCUCCAGCCUACCCCAGAACACCAACCCAAGUGGGACUGUGGCCACUUUCUCUCAGGACAGGCAGAUCCGAUUUCCUCAAGGGCAGCAGCUGGUGACGAAGCUGGUCACGGCGCCGAUGGCGUGUGGCGCCGUCAUGGUGCCCACGACGAUGUUCAUGGGGCAGGUGGUGACGGCGUACCCCACCUUCGCGACCCAGCCGCCGCAGACGAUCUCCAUGGCGCAGCAGCAGCAGCAGAGCCAGCCGGAGCAGCAGCAGCAGCAGCCGCCGAGCACGGCGGUCCAGCAGGGGGCGCCAGCUCCGCCCCAGCAGUUCCUGCAGGCCUCUCGCCUGCUGCAUGGGAGCCAGUCCGCCCAGCUCAUCCUGCAGGCUGCUUUCCCCCUGCAGCAGCAGGGUGCUUUCACUCAAGCACAGCAGCAGCACCAGCAGCACCAGCAGCAGCACCAGCAGCUCUCUGCACACAGGACAGACAGCAUGUCCGACCCCUCCAGCGCGCAGCAGCCGCAGUAGCCUGGAGCAGAGCAGGACGCAGGGCCGCCGGGAGGCUUGAAGCGCAGUAUUCAGAGGGCGCCUCUUCGGGUGGAGCGCGGGGGCUGCACUCGAGAAGAAAUGAAGCACUACGAGAGACGGGGGGACGCCAGCCGCCCGCGCCCCCCCGCACGAGGAAGGGGCCGCGCGCUGGAGCUGCCGGGCUGGAGACCGAGGUCAUCGGGAAGCAGCACUGGGCUUCCAGCGCAGUUUUCCUUUCCUCCUCUCUCCUCCUCGCAAUUGCAUUGUCCAGCAGUUGUUUUAAUUUAUGCAGAGUGUUCAAGCAGAAAUGCUGCAGGCUCUUUUGGUUUUGUGGCUGACGACGAUGAUGAUGAUGAUGAUGAUGAUGCUUUAGGUAAGUCCAAAGGACACUUUUGUUCAUGUCAAAUAAUAAUGGGUCAGAAAAUAUUUUUCAGAAUGUCAUGUGGUUUCAACUUUAUUGUACAGACACCUGUAAAAUAAUGUGUAUAUAUCUCGAUCAAAGGAAAGAGAACGAAUAUUUUAUAUGAUGCAUGAAAGCGUAACCUGUUAUUUGUAGCUUUGACUAUAAUUUUUUUCUAGUAUUCUGAAAGAAAAAAAGCAAAAACUCUAAAGCUAAUAUUUUCAUCCGCUUCCUUACAGAUAAGGUGAAUUGCGUCUGUUUGACUGGCGUUUCUGUUUGUGUUUCAUGCCCUGUGGUGUCACAGUUUGUUUAAUGGGUAGAUAUGUAUUUUAGUAGAGCUCAUGUUUUGUGAAUUUCAGAAAAAAAUAUUUUAAAGAGAUUUUCUUUUAACGUUGUGUUCCAAAGACGCACAAUAAGAUAUCUAAAAUUUUAAAGAGAAAUUAGCUUAUGUGACAAAGUUCAAUUUUAAUAUGUAAAUACAGAAAUUACAAAAAGCUUUGCAUGCUGUUAUAGAAUUUAUUAUUGAGUGCCAAUAAAGUCAUUAUACUUUUCAUUA